GUUGUAUAUGCCAGAAAAUGGAUGCGAUACAUAUAUCUCAUGAAACACCAAUUGUGAAUAUAGAGGACAUAAUCUCGGCCGCAGAAGUAAAAGAUGAACAGAAAUUUAAAUCAACAGAAGUAAAUAAAUUGAUCCAACCUCAAUUUGAUGUUAGAAACCUUUUAUUAACUGACAUAAAUAUUGUGGAAAAAAGUAGCUUCAAAAACAAGAAAGAUGAAAUUCUACGUGACAAUGCUCGUGACAACACGCAAUUUCUUUUGAAUUGCAUCUGGAAGCUGCCAGUUGAAAAGUGUGACAAUGUUGUUUUGGUACAGCUUCCAGAAGCAACAACUGUUCUUCCACGAGAAAAGCAGAUUCCCAAACCAAAGCCAUUAACGAAAUGGCAAGAGUUUGCAAAAAAAAAGGGAUAUCGCAAACGCGGAAAGAUGGUAUGGGAUGCUUCCACCAAAUCAUGGCAGCCACGUUGGGGAUUUAAACGUGCAAAAGAUGACACAAAGGAAUGGCUAAUAGAAGUGCCUGCCAAUGCAAACCCUUAUGAAGACCAGUUUUUAAAACGUGAAAAAGACAAAAAAGAACGAGUGGCGAAGAACGAAUAUCAAUGUCUGAGAAACAUGAGUCGUUCUCAGAAAUUUAACAAUAUAGCUGGACCAAAUCUCCUGGCUAGUGAUACCACUGCGCCGCAUCAGUGUAUGUAUUAG